ACUACAGCUCCCAUGAGCGCUCGCGAUGGUAUAGUACUUCCGGUGCAGCUGCAUCUCUGCGCCCAUCGGCUGACGGGACGGAAGAGCUGGUGAAUGCUGUGGCGAUGCCCUUGGAGGUGACGUGGCCCUUCCCACAAUGCCCCCGCCUGGGCUGGAGAAUAUCCAGCAGAGUGAUCAUGGGGAUGGUGGGCUCAUACAGUUACCUGUGGACCAAUUAUUUGAACUCUUUGGUGGUGCACAACCAGGGUGUUUUGUUGGACCUGGUUGAUGAGCGUCCUAAGGACACGCCUCUGAUCACAGUGUGCAAUCAUCAGUCCUGUAUGGAUGAUCCACACAUCUGGGGGGUCCUGAAGCUCCGGCAUCUGUGGAACUUGAACAGGAUGAGAUGGACACCUGCUGCCUCUGACAUCUGUUUCACAAGAGAGCUACACUCCAGAUUCUUCAGCAGAGGGAAAUGUGUGCCUGUUGUUAGAGGUGAUGGAGUAUAUCAGAAGGGAAUGGAUUUCCUGGUUGAAAGGCUGAAUCAAGGGGAAUGGGUACACAUAUUUCCAGAGGGUAAAGUUAACAUGACUGGAGAGUUCAUGAGGAUAAAAUGGGGAGUCGGGCGUUUGAUUGCUGAGUGCUCUCUUCACCCAAUCAUUUUACCUAUGUGGCAUGUAGGUAUGAAUGAUGUUUUACCAAAUCAAACACCAUACGUCCCUCGAGUUGGACAGCGAAUAACUGUUGUAGUUGGAAAGCCGUUCACUGUCAGACAUCUGGUAAAUGCCCUGAGAGCUGAAAACACAAGUCCGAUGGAAAUGCGGAAAACACUGACAGACUUUAUUCAAGGGGAGUUUCUCAGUUUGAAAGCCCAGGCGGAGGCACUUCAUCACAGGAUUCGGAAACACUCGUGACCCAUGAAGGGACGUAUUACAGGUUAAAGGGCUAUACAGGACAUUACCCAUUAGCUAACCCGGGCCUUACAACUCAGCAUAGACACUGAGGAGAAACUACACCAUAAGAGGUUUACGGCAUCCUUUUAAGUACAUUUAUAUCCAUGGGCGUCCGUUCAUUUAUAUGUGGACAGUCAGACCUGGGCUAAAGGAGGACAGAGAUCUUUUUUUUUUUUGUAAAGGAGAUAAACCUCUAGAGAAAGUAAAUUUAAUUUUGAGCAAUGUGCAGGACCUCAGGAGACAUGCUGUGUGUAUAUCAGUGACUGGAAAUGCCUUGUAGACUAUGAAACACGAUAUUUUGCAUUCUUA